AAUGACGGCGGUGGUUUCGGUAUCGGUGUGAGGAUGGGGCGGGCCGAGACCGCGCGCUGUCGCUGUCGCUGUCGUUGAGGGGCGGCGGAGCCUGGCGCCGAGCGGGGCCGAGCAGCCCCCGGCCGCAGCCGCCAUGCCGUGGCCCUUCUCCGAGUCUAUCAAGAAGCGGGCCUGCCGCUACCUGCUGCAGCGCUACCUCGGCCACUUCCUGCAGGAGAAGCUCAGCCUGGAGCAGCUCAGCCUGGACCUCUACCAGGGCACCGGCUCCCUGGCACAGGUCCCGCUUGACAAGUGGUGUCUAAAUGAGAUCCUGGAGUCAGCAGAUGCACCUCUAGAAGUCACGGAGGGAUUUAUCCAGACUAUUUCUUUGUCCGUUCCCUGGGGGUCAUUGCUACAGGAUAACUGUGCACUAGAAGUGAAAGGAUUAGAGAUGGUCUUCAGGCCAAGGCCUCGUCUAGCUUCUGGGUCUGAGCCUAUGUAUUGGUCAAGCUUUAUGACCAGCAGCAUGCAACUUGCAAAAGAGUGUCUGAGUCAAAAAUUGACAGAUGAACAAGGAGAAGGAUCUCAGCCUUUUGAAGGGCUUGAGAAGUUUGCAGAAACUAUUGAAACAGUUCUAAGAAGAGUGAAAGUUACCUUUUUGGAUACUGUUUUGCGAAUUGAACAUGUGCCAGAAAAUUCUAAAAGUGGAUCUGCACUUGAAAUCCGAAUAGAAAGAACUAUGUACUGUGAUGAAACUGCUGAUGAAUGCUCUGGAAUUAAUGUACAUCAGCCCACAGCAUUUGCUCACAAGUUACUUCAGCUCUCAGGCGUCUCUUUCUUCUGGGAUGAGUUUCCUGCAUCAGCAAAGUCCUCACCAGUGUGUUCAGCUACGCAGUUGGCAACCGAACCAAAGCUUUCACCUAGCUGGAACCCAAAAAUUGUAUAUGAGCCACAUCCACAAUUAACAAGAAACUUGCCAGAAGUUCCUCCCUCUGACCCUGUACAGAUUAGUAGGCUAAUUGGGAGAAUGGAGCUGAGUCUUACCUUAAAGCAAAAUGAAGUACUUCCUGGAGCUAAGUUGGAUGUAGAUGGACAGAUAGAUUCUAUACACCUGUUCCUGUCACCAAGGCAGGUACAUCUUCUUCUGGACAUUUUAGCAGCCAUUGCUGGACCAGAGAGCCCCAGUAGGAUAGAAUUGUCAAAUAAAGAUAGGAAGAACAGACCAAUGCAACAGGAAGAUGAGUAUCGGAUUCAGAUGGAAUUGAAGCGUUACUUGCGAAAAGACUCUUUAUCAGCAGGAGCAUCAUCUGAGCAGAGCUUUUAUGAGACAGAGACGGCCAGAACGCCUUCUAGCCGUGAAGAAGAAGUUUUCUUCUCAAUGGCUGAUAUGGACAUGUCUCAUAGCCUUUCCUCUCUUCCCCCUCUCGGAGACCCACCAACUAUGGAUCUAGACCUGUCUUUAACUAGUACAUACACUACUACCCCAGCAGGAUCUCCUCUGAGUGCUACUGUGCUUCAGCCAACUUGGGGUGAUUUUCUUGAUCAGAAUAAACAAGAGCCACCACCACCAAGAGGUUCAUCACUUACACCCAAUAUAGUUCACCAACCACCCUUAAGAAGGACUUCCAUUCCAUCUCGAUCUGUUUCAGUGGAUGAAUCCAGACCCGAGCUGCUUUUUAGAUUGGCUGUGGGGACUUUCUCAGUAUCUGUACUUCAUAUUGACCCUCUACCGCCACCUGAAACUUCACUGAACAUUAACCCCUUGACACCAAUGGCAUCGGAUUUCUUUACCCGAAUAGAAAAGAUUGAUCCAGUUAAGUUUUCAACAGAAGAUUUUAUGUCCUUCCGGGAAGUGUUUGCAGAGGCUUGUUCUCAUGACCACCUUAGAUUUAUAGGUAGUGGCAUCAAAGUGUCUUAUGAACAGAGACAGAGGUCUGCAUCUCGAUGUUGCAGUACAGAUUUAUCCAUUGGGCAAAUGGAACUUUUGGAAUGCCUUUUCUCUACUGAUACCCAUUCCGUUCAACCUCAUUAUACAGAGCUGCUAACAUUUCAUUCUGAGAGAGAAAAUGAUUCACAUCCUACUUCAUGCCUUCAGCUCCAUUAUAAACACUCAGAUAAUAGAGGGCCUCAGGGUAGUCAAGGGAGACUGAGCUCUGUUCCACAGAAAGCAGAAUUGCAAGUCAAAUUGAAUCCAGUGUUCUGUGAACUGGACAUCAGUAUUGUGGACAGACUAAAUUCUUUGCUUCAGCCACAGAAACUGACCACGGUGGAGAUGAUGGCAUCUCACAUGUACGCUUCUUACAACAAACACAUUAGUCUGCAUAAAGCCUUUACUGAGGUUUUUCUGGAUGAUUCUCGUACACCUGCAAACUAUAGAAUUUCAGUCCAAGUCACAGCACCAGCAUUAGAUCUUUCUGUUCGCUUCCCAAUACCUGAUCUACGGUCAGAUCAGGAAAGAGGACCAUGGUUUAGAAAAUCACUUCAGAAGGAGAUUCUUCAUCUUGAGUUUACAGAUAUGGAAUUUAAGACUGAGUUUAUAGGAGGUUCAACCCCAGAACAAAUUAAAUUGGAGCUUACCUUUAAGGAGCUAACUGGCUUGUUUGAAGAAGACAAAGCAGAAUCUUUGGUAAAAUUUUUUCAAGUAUGCAGUGGCAUAGAUGGAGAUCUGACAACCUCUGACAACUUUGACUGGCCUAGGAUUGUGCUUAAGAUAAACCCACUAGCUGUACACUCCAUUCUGGAAAGGAUAGCACCUGAAGAAGAAGAAGAGGGAGAUGGCAACUUUCAAGAGGAAGAGGAAGGAGGAUCUCAUUCUUUCAAGGAUGUCUGUGAUUUUAGAAGACCAGAGCCUUCCCCUUUUUCUUCUCGUAGGGUCAUGUUUGAAAAUGAAGAGAUGGUCAUGCCAGGAGAUGCAGCUGAGAUGACAGAAUUUCAGGAAAAAGCAAUCAGCAAUUCUCAUUAUGUACUGGAACUUACUUUACCAAAUGUUCACUUAACACUGCCAAACAAGAGCUUUUAUGAGAAACUUUACAAUAGGAUCAGCAAUGAUUUAUUAUUGUGGGAACCUACAGCCCCGUCUCCUGUAGAAACAUUUGAAAAUAUUUCAUAUGGCGUUGGACUCUCAGUGGCCAGCCAGUUGAUCAAUACUUUUAAUAAAGACAGCUUUAGUCCAUUUAAAUCUGCAAUACAUUAUGAUGAUGAGAGUGGAUCUGAGGAGGAAACUCUGCAAUAUUAUUCUACGGUUGAUCCAAACUAUCGUUCACGCAGGAAGAAGAAGCUUGAAUCGCAGAACAAGAACACACAGAGCUUUCUUUCUGUUCUGUUAAAUGUUAACCAUGGAUUAGUGUCAAUAUUCACAGAUGUAAAGGAAGAUGAUGGAAAUAUACUGGAAGGAAAGCAUGGUGAAUUCUGGUUUGAGUUUAAGAGUGGCUCAUUGUUCUGUGUGACUAAAUAUGAGGGUUUUGAAGACAAACAUUACAUCUGUCUUCAUUCUAGCAGCCUCAGUUUAUAUCAUCAAGGUAUGGUCGAUGGAACUGUUCUUUCAUCUGAGAUACGCCUGCCUAGUAUGAUACAUCCCCAUUGGUUAGAACCUACCAUUUAUUUUUCUGAAGAAGUUGGUCUCUGCAGGCUGUCUCCAGAUGGCGUGGGAGUGGACUGUUUAAGUAUGCUCUCUGUUGCCGUGAAAAUCCAGUCUGAUAAACUGGAAAGCAAUACAAAGGAAUUUCUAGUUGCUGUAGGACUAAGAGGAGCCACUCUGCAGCACAGGGUUUUGCCUUCAGGCCUAAGCUGGCAUGAACAGAUUUUAUGUUUCUUGAACAUUUCUGAUGAGCCUGUUUUGGGAUAUAAUCCUCCAGCUUCCGUUACAACUUUUCAUAUUCACCUGUGGAGUUGCGCUCUUGAUUACAGACCUAUCUUUCUGCCAAUCAGAUCUCUGCUUACCGUUGAAACUUUCAGCAUUUCCAGCAGUGUUGCAUUAGAUAAGUCUUCUUCUACUCUCAGAAUAAUCCUAGAUGAGGCUGCUUUACAUUUGUCAGACAAGUGUAACACAGUUGCAGUGAACAUGCAUAGAGAUUAUGUUCGUGUUAUGGAUAUGGGAUUACUGGAAUUGACCAUAACAGCAAUAAAACCUGGUUCUGAUCAGGAGAGAACAAAACCACGCUUUGAGCUACACUGUUCCAGUGAUAUAAUCCAUAUCCGAACAUGCUCCGACUCUUGUGCUGCACUAAUGAAUCUUAUACAAUAUAUUGCAUGUUAUGGGGAUUUGCAUCCACCUAGUAAGACGGAAGUUAAAUCUGGAGCUGUCAAGCAGAAAACUAAGGCAAAUGCCUCUAGCCGACCAUCUUCUGAAGGACCAGUCCUUGCUGAAGCAGAACAACAGAUUUUACGCGAUUUGAUGAGUGAUGCUAUGGAAGAAAUUGAGAUCCAUCAAGCUGCUUCCCCCAUUAAACCACAAUCUAAUGGAAUUUUGAAUGAGAAAUCUCAAACUCGAGAGCCAUCUUGCUCAGAUCUCUUUCUGUUUCCUGAUGAAAGUGGGAACAUCUCACAAGAACCAAGUCCCACUUAUUCUUUUACUCACCACUUGAUAAAUGAGGCAAUGGGAGAUGUACCUACUGAAAAUGAUGACUUCUGCAUUCUCUUUGCACCCAAGGCUGCUGUGUCUGAAAAGGAGGAGGAGCCUGUAGUGAAAGUAAUGGUUGAUGAUCCCAUUGUAGUAAAAGAAAACCAUUUCAGCCAGCCUGUAAAAAAAACAGAUACCAGCAAAGCCCCUCUUCAUUUUCCUAUCCCUUUGGUACGCUAUGUUGUGAAGGAAAUCUCUCUUAUUUGGCAUCUCUAUGGAGGAAAGGAUUUGGGGCCUGCACCUCCUACUUCUCCAGCUAAGAGUUUUAUUAGUCCUCAUAGUUCUCCUUCUCUCACACCAACAAAACAUGGACGUAGCACUGCAUGUGGGGGAAGAAGAAGAAACCCAGAUUUCUUGAUGGAAAUACAGUUAAGUAAGGUGAAAUUCCAACACGAGGUGUACCCUCCAGGUGGGCCAGAAUGUGAAUCCAAUCUACUGGAGCAGCCGGUGUCCAGGCAGGUUUUUAUUGUUCAAGACCUGGAGAUCAGAGAUCGCUUGGCAACAUCACAGAUGAAUAAAUUUCUGUAUCUCUACUGCAGUAAGGAAAUGCCCAGAAAAGCACAUUCCAAUAUGUUAACAGUUAAAGCAUUACAUGUCCGUCCAGAGUCUGGCAGAUCACCACAGGAAUGUUGUUUACGAGUGUCAUUAAUGCCACUUCGCCUCAAUAUUGACCAGGAUGCCUUGUUUUUUCUGAAGGAUUUUUUUACUAGCCUUUCUUCAGAAGUGGAACUAUUAAUGACGCCAGAUCCAGAAGUGGUUUUCCAGUUAAAUGGAUUAAUUUGCUUCUCUCUCUCUCUCUCUAAUUGGAUAUCCUUUGUAAAUUUCAGAGAAUUUCGAUUUGCAUCAGAAGUUCCAAUACGACUUGAUUACCAUGGCAAACACGUAUCGAUGGAUCAGGGUACUUUAGCUGGGAUUCUGAUCGGUCUUGCUCAAUUAAAUUGCUCAGAGUUGAAGCUGAAGAGACUCUGCUAUCGACAUGGUUUGUUGGGUGUGGAUAAGUUAUUCUCUUAUGCUAUUACUGAAUGGCUUAAUGAUAUAAAGAAAAACCAGCUGCCGGGAAUUCUGGGAGGAGUAGGGCCCAUGCAUUCUUUAGUACAAUUAGUUCAAGGUCUGAAGGAUUUGGUGUGGCUACCAAUAGAGCAGUACCGAAAGGAUGGUCGUAUUGUAAGAGGCUUUCAAAGAGGAGCAGCUUCCUUUGGUACUUCCACUGCAAUGGCAGCUUUAGAGCUAACAAACAGGAUGGUUCAAACUAUACAGGCAGCUGCAGAAACUGCUUAUGACAUGGUUUCCCCAGGCCCUAGUUGUAUUGAGACAAAAAAGAUGAAGCGAUUAUCUCGCUAUCGCUUGGCUCAUCAGCCAGUGGAUCUACGGGAAGGUGUGGCCAAAGCCUAUAGUGUGGUAAAAGAGGGGAUUACAGAUACUGCCCAGACCAUCUACGAAACUGCUGCUCGUGAGCAUGAAAACAGAGGGGUAACAGGAGCAGUGGGAGGAGUCCUCCGCCAAAUUCCACCAGCUGUCGUGAAGCCUCUCAUCGUUGCAACAGAGGCAACAUCAAAUGUGUUAGGUGGAAUGCGAAACCAAAUCAGGCCAGAUGUACGUCAAGAAGAGUCUCAAAAAUGGCGUCUUGGGGAGGAUUGAUAUUUUGAAUCUGGCUCAGCAUGAGGCUGGGAGUAUAAGAGAUGAUGUCCAAACGGCAGCUGUAGAUGGAACUCAUUUCAUUAUUCUCAUCUCAGGAACAGAAGAGGUUUUCAAACAACUUGAUAGCAGAACAUCCAACCAAAAACUUCAGCAAUGAAAAGCAAAGUGGUACUUCUUGUGGACAUGCUGCAUGUUACCAAACCAUUUGGUAGCUAGUGCCAAAUAUAGUGGAGCAUUUGCUGCCAAGUUAGAGACAUGCUUGCUUUAUUUCAUUUACCAUGUUUUCCUUGGUACAUUUGAUGCGUCAUUAACAGCAGUCCAUUUGGUCACACUAGAUAUAUUUUAAAAUGUUUUCUUGAGCAUGCUCAAACUGUCUUCAAUAAAGGGCUCCACAGAUGCUUUUUGGUAACUGAAAGAUACAAGUUUUAACUUGUCAUGUGAUCGGGAAGUCAUGAUAUGGAAGCAGAUAGGAUUUUUAUGAUUUUGUGGUGAUGAACAUUGCUUUUAGUAUAAUACAUAAAACAAGGGCAAUCUCUCAGUAACUGUUCAGAAUUUAGACUCAUUUUUUCUGAAAAAGAAUUGUUCCUUCUAAAUAUCAAACUCCUAUUUUUUGUGGGUUUUUGAAGAACCUGAAUGUUGCAGACAUGUUCUGUUGUGUUGCACUUUAAAGAAUAUGCCUGUAUAUUGUGCUUUUUUUAUAGUGUUAAUAAAACUUAAUGUGCAUUAUCCUUUUAUGUGG